AUGGCGCACAACUCGCAGGUCGCUAAAGUCACCGUCCCUCAACAGUUGUAUGAUCGGAUUUCGCAACUACGUUGCCAGCCUGUUCUCUCUGAACAAGAAGCGUGUGCACUUUAUCGCGAUAUCGUAGCUGAAAUUGAUUCCUUGCCCACACCGACUCCAGAAGCAUUAGAGUUAAAGCAACUGAUGCAUUUAAACGAUGUGGAGACAUGUCUGCAAGCACAUGAUAUCGUUGUUUCGGAAGUGUACGAGGUCGAAAAUGGAAGAGAAGCCGCAUCGACUGCUCCUAUUUCAGCCCAAAGUUUUUCCAAUCCAAUAUUUUCGAAUGGUGGAGUACUUGCACAAAGAUAUAGGGGAACUAGCACGUGUUCGGAUGAGUGUCCACCACCACUGUUCACAGGUGAUGACGGUGCCAGUUUGGUGAUGGACACAAUAUCAAGGAUUCGUUUAGUUCAGUUUCAGAAAGAUAGCGAGGAACCUAUGGGUAUAACGUUAAAGGUCACUGAAGAUGGAAGGUGCUUUGUCGCUCGAAUAAUGCAUGGUGGGAUGAUUCACAGACAAGCAACGUUACAUGUGGGUGAUGAAAUUCGUGAGAUUGACGGAGUAUCUGUGGCAAACCGUUCUGUUGAAUCGCUGCAACAAAUGUUAAGGGAGACUCGAGGCCAGGUGACGUUCAAGAUUGUGCCAUCAUAUCGCUCUGCUCCACCCGCUUGUGAGAUUUUUGUUCGUGCUCAGUUCGACUACGAUCCUUGUGAGGAUGAUUUAAUCCCUUGCCCACAAGCAGGUGUUCCUUUCAAGACUGGUGACAUACUUCAAGUGAUUUCGAAAGACGACCACAAUUGGUGGCAAGCAAGAUUUAUAUCGAAUUUUCCAUCGUUUGGAACCUCAUCGGUGGUAUCUGGCAAUGUAGCUGGUUUGAUUCCCUCUCCAGAACUACAAGAGUGGAGAACCGCUUGCCUUGCCAUGGAACGGGCAAAGGAUCAUUCUCACUGUAUGUGGUUCAACAGGAAAAAAAAGUAUUAUACAACAAAGUACCUCCAGAAGCAUUCUGCCCUAUUUGACCAGUUGGAUCUUGUCACAUACGAAGAGGUGAUGCGGCUGUCCCAGUAUCGAAGGAAAACUCUAGUUCUGUUGGGAGCUCAUGGUGUUGGGCGAAGACAUAUCAAGAAUACACUUAUCCAUAGACAUCCAAACAAAUUUGCAUAUCCAAUCCCGCAUACUACAAGGCCACCUCGAAAGGAAGAAGUUGAUGGGAAGCAUUAUUUUUUCGUUUCUAACGAUCAGAUGCUUGUCGAUAUUCAAAACAAUGAGUACUUAGAGUAUGGUACUCACGAAGAAAGUAUGUAUGGGACCAAAUUGGAAACAAUUCGGAAUAUUCAUAAAAGUGGUAAAGUCGCGUUACUGGAUGUAGAACCGCAAGCACUAAAGGUCUUGAGGACAGCAGAGUAUUCACCUUUCGUGGUCUUCAUUGCUGCUCCAAAUUUGCAAGGACUUCAAGAUCCCGACGGUAGUCUUGAGAGACUUUUACGGGAGUCCGAAAUUCUUCGACAAGCGUUUGGCCAUUUGUUCGAUUAUGUAAUAGUGAACAACGAUAUUGACGAAACUAUUGUUCAACUGGAGCAAAUAGCAGAAAAACUUCCCGUUUGCCCACAGUGGUUGCCGGUCUCAUGGGUUUACUGA